UCCUUCCUCUAGUUGCCUUUCCAGAGCGACAACUCCCAACUCCCCAAAUUUCCUUCACCCGAAAGCCCCCAACCCCACCCCAUCCUCCGAUCCCCUCCCCUUCCGCCUCGCCUCCGGCCACCGCGUCCGCCCCCCGACCCUGAUGGCGUCGGCGGCGUGGUCCUCUAAUGUGAUGCUCGCGAUCCACGAGAAGAAAACGACUGCCACUGAUCUCUACCGCCCGCUGCGCCUCUACAUCGCCUCCGUCUACUCGGAGCGCGAGGCCGCCGCGGCCGACGACGACCUUACCGUGGUGCGAGACCUCCGCGCCGCUGUCGAGCAGCCCUCCCUCCCGGACCCGUCCUCCCUCGAGCAGCGCCGCGACGCGCUGCUCGCCUACGCGCGGGCUCUGGCGCUCGUGGAGCCCCGGUUCCCCAUCUCCCCCGACCGCGCCCACGUCCACUCCCUCACCUUCACCUGGCACGACGCCUUCAAGGGGAACAAGAAGUGCGCCCUCGCCUCCAUCCACCUCGAGAAGGCCUCCGUGCUCUUCAACAUCGGCGCCGUCUACUCCCAGAUCGCGCUCGCCGCGGACCGCUCCACCGACGUCGGGAUCAAGACCGCGUGCGGCGCCUUCCAGAGUGCGGCGGGGGCGUUCGCGUGGCUCAGGGAGAGCGGGGUCGCGGCCAAGGCUGUCGCUGCGGGGGCCACCACUGUGGACAUCACGCCCGAGUGCGCCGGCAUGCUGGAGAAACUCAUGCUCGCGCAGGCGCAGGAGUGCUUCUUCGAGAAGGUCAUAGGUGGAGGGAAGCCACCCGCGCUGUGCUCCAAGGUGGCGCGGCAGGUGGGCAUAUUCUAUGAAGAAGCAUACGCAGCUCUCAGUGCACCUCCUCUAAGUCAGCACUUUGAUAAGACAUGGGUGUCCCAUGUCCAGCUGAAAGCUGCUCAAUUCUACGCCGAUGCUUGCUAUAGGUAUUCAUUAGAUCUUCAUCAGAAAGAAGAAAUUGCUGAGGAAAUUGCACGUUUAAAGAUUGGUAUGAGUGCCUUGGCAGAUGCUAAGAAGGCUGCGAAGGGAGUUGCUGCCCAGCUUCUGGAUUCUGUGAACAAGCUGGAAACUAACAUGAAAACCAACUUGGAAAGGGCUAUGAAGGAGAAUGAUCGUGUUUACCUGAUGCGGGUUCCAGCUGCUGGUUCCUUGGGAGCCCUCCCUGCAGCAUCCCUUGUAAAGCCUACCUCUUUGGCAGAAGUUUUAGAUGCCAGCAAGGAAAGGCUUUUUUCAUCACUUGUGCCUGAUGGCAGCAUGAAAGCACUCUCUAAGUACACAGAGAUGCUAGAUAAUAUUAUCCGGACCCAAGCAGAGAAAUUGCAGCAAGCCAGUGAGAUCACUAGAGUCAGGCUGAAGGAAAUGGACUUACCAGAUUCUAUUCUUUCAUUGGAAGGAAAUAUAACCUUGCCCUUGGAUCUCAAGGAAGACGUAGAGGCUGUGCAGAUAAGUGGUGGCCCUGCUGGCUUAGAAUCUGAGUUGCAGCAGCUUAGGGAUUUGAGCAGGGUCAAUCAGGAACUACUUGUUCAGACUGAAGAGCUUCUACAGAAGGAGGCGAAUGAAGACGCUCAAUUUCGUACACAAUUUGGGAGUCGCUGGACUAGACCUCAAUCAAGCACCCUAACCAAGAAUAUUCAGGAUAGAUUGAAUCUGUUUGCUUCUAAUCUGAAGAGAGCUGCUGAUAGUGAUUCUCUGAUCGAACGAGGCGUGAAGGAGAACUAUCCAUUGAUGUCUAUCCUUGACAAAAGACCGAUAGAGUCUGCACUUCCAAGUAUUUCCAGGCCUAUCAUGUCCUUGGAUGGGAAUGAAGAUGCCAUUGUUGGAGCCCUGAAACAAAGCUUGAGACAACUGGAGGCUCUUGGAGCACAAAGGGCAGGUCUUGAAGACAUGCUCAAAGAAAUGAAAAGAAAGGACGAUAUAUUGCCUAAGUUGAUGACUGGUGUGGGAUCACAUGAUGAUCUUUUCAAGAAGGAGCUUGCUAAGUAUGAUCCUAUCUGUGCUGAUAUUGCUGAUAACAUUGUGGCACAGGAACAAUUAUUGCUACAAAUACAGGCACAAAAUGAGCAAUUUGCUGCUGUAUUCAACCUAGAGGAUUACAAAGCUGCUCGUGAGAGAUGCUACAAGCAAAUCGCUGCUGCUGUUGCUAAAUAUCAGGAGUUCAAAAAGAACAUUAACGAGGGCCUAAACUUUUAUGUGACUUUACAGGAAGCAAUAGGCAAAAUAAAGCAGCAGUGCAGUGACUUUAUAAUGACCCGAAACAUUCAAUGCCGUGAAAUGAUCGAAGAUGUGCAGAGGAAGCUAGCGGGUUUCAGCUUCUCGUCCUCCGGCCACUCUUCUUUGCAGAGGAAUGCUUCUGUGCCACCUGAUCAGAGCAGCCCAUCACCACCGCCGCAUGCUCAGGCUCCCUAUGCCUCUACACCUGGGGUAGACUCAAGGCCUGGAUAUUCUCAACCGGAGCCAAGACCUUCAUACUCACAGCCAUACCCCUCAUCCUAUGGCGCGCCACCGCAACAGCCUCCAUACAGUGCACCACACCCUGGUCAGUACCAGCCACCAGCGCAUCAGCCGCCUCCUGGUCAUGACUAUGGUCAGCCGGCAUAUCCUGGAUGGCGUGGUCCAUAUUACAAUGCCCAUCAGCCGCAGCAAUCUGCGCCAUAUCCACAGCCACCGUACAAUGCCCCUGGGGCUUACCCUCCGCACCAGAGCAACUAUUACAGGCCUCAAUAAGUCAUCUUGUGGUUGCUGCAACUAUUUGUUUGUUUCUUUUCCAUUGGAUCUUACCAUUGAGGAGUACAUUAUCUGGCGUACUGCAUACGAGAGUUUGGGUGGUGUAAUAUCAGGUUGAUUAGAAGGUAUAGCUUGUAUGAUUUGUACGUAUAAUAAUGUGCUGGAUGUGUUGUAAUACGCGGCUACAUUCUCAUAUGCAUAUUGCAACACCUACGUCUA